UUCACGACUGCGCAUGCGCGAAGGGAUAAACCCAAUAGCGACAGCUCUUAGAGGGCUGCGCCUAUACUCAUAGAAUCUGGAGUUACAAUAUGUAACUAUUGAUACUCUUGCAAUAGAGUGAGUAGAGGAGAUUUAGAUCUGGAUUCAGAAUCAACAGCCAGUACAAAGAAUCUGAAGUGUGUAUCAUAUACCAUGAAACAUCAAAAGAAGAUGAUGAAAUCUUUGGUCUUAAAGACUAUGAAUCCUGGAAAACAUUGCUUGAUGCAGCCAAAGUGAGAAACUAUGCCCCUAUUACAGAUGUUGCUAAAGACCUUGGAGAAGAAGUCCCAAGAAUCCACUAUCACAGAAAAUGCCGGAGCCUCUUCACAAUGAAAAGAGAAUUAGAGACUCUGAAAAGGAAAGCCACAGAAAACAUUACAGAUGAAGCUGGAGCUAUUCUAGCUUACCAAAAUGACCAAGUAGGAGAUCUUCAGAUGGAGCAAGAGUAUAUCAUCCAAUCAAUUUUUUGUAAUAAAGAGAAGUUUGUAAAGGGCUCCAAGUCACACAGAGUUAAUGGCAUAGUAGUACAGACCAAUUUCUAUGGACCACAUCUGUCAAGAGCUGAUCUUCCACACAUUGAGAAACUGAAGCAGAGAUCAGUCACCAUUGAAGACCGAGGCCUGGAAGUAUAUGUAGCAGGUGCACGUGUGGGCCCACAACCUCUUACAACCAGGGAACACUGUAUCCAGGAAACCAAGGAGGCUGCUCUUCUUGCAAGAAAGAAGACAAUGGUGUGGGCACUUGCAAGGCAAACAGAUCCAGAGAAUCAGACAAUCCCCAGCUGGACUGGUUUUAAUAUCAGCACCAGGGACCAGGAACCAAUUUCACAAGAUAUUGUUGGGUAUCUGCCAACCAUCAACUCACCAGGUACAGAGUUGAACACAGUGUUUGAAAUUUUGAAACAAUCAGAGCUAAUCAAGAAGGAGCUGCACCUAGAGACAAUAGUUGUAGUCAUGGAUCAAGCACUCUAUGCAAAAGCCGCUGAGAUAACCUGGAAGCACAGAGGAUGGUUCUCCAACAUUCUUCUCAGGGUGGGGACAUUCCAUACCAUAUGUAAUGCCUUAGCCAUCAUAGGAAAGCGGUUUAGGGAUGCUGGUCUAAAGGACAUGCAUAGAGGCUGGAGUUGUCGCAGAGGGGUCCAUCAAUGGAGUCCUUGACGGUACACACUAUAACUGUGCAGUCAGGGUCCACAAGUACAUCUCAGAAGCACUGAUGAGACUUGCAUGGGAAGAGUUCACACCCUGGAUUGAGAAAAAUGCUCCAAAGAGGAGUGGGAUGAUCAAAUCAUUCUUGGAGGAUGUGAAAGACAUGACCAGUGACCUGAACCAAGAAAAGAUGACCAAUCUGCUGCAAAGUCCACUCUCAGCUGAGCUGAUAACCCUGUGGACAGACUUUCUAGAACACCUCCGUCACAGCAAUGUUUCUCUCCAUUCUGGAUGUCAUACAU